UUGAAAUAUUUGACAUUUCUCUCAACCACUCCUAGUUUGAAUCACAUUAUUAUUAUUUAUUAUUUCUUAUAAUGUGUCAUCAAUUAAGCAGUUAGAGUUCAUUAUUCAAAAUUUACAUUUAAAAAUUCGCCAAUUAAACCUUACAGAAUGAGUAGCUAUGGCAAAAAAACCCCUACAACAGGGCCCCCAUCUGUAUACUCGGGUAUAACAAGAAGUACUGCAAACUUACAUCGAAGUAGAAGUAUUAAAUCAUUGAAAGUACCCUGGUACAAAAAACCUCUUAUACAAGAAGCCAUUCUCUUCGACGUACAAAAAUCUUCACUUUUUAUAGGAAUAUUUUCCUUGUUGCUUUCUAUCUUCACAUUUAUAACUGCUGUAUUUGAUAUAUAUUGUUAUGGAAUGGCAGCCCCUGGAUCUACUCAUUAUGGAUACUACUUUAUUUCCUACCAGUUUGUUUAUGUUGGAAAUAGACAUGUGAGAAAUUGCUUGGUUAUGUUUGCUGCUUUUUCGAUUCUCUUAGGUCUAGUUCUAUUUGUUACAAGUAUUAUGCUGAUAUCUGCUCUUAGAAAGGAAUAUGAAAACAGGAUGGUACCUUGGAUCUACACCUUUGCAGUAUUUCUAGUGUUCAGAUUCCUUGCUUUUAUAUUUUUUUCUAUCGUUAACGAUCUCUAUUUUGGUUAUAAUUUAGCCAUGUGUAUAUUGUGGACGUUCUUUGUCAUAAUAGGGGCCUAUGGAUGGAUUUUAGUGUAUUCACUAUAUAGGGAAUUGACUGAUUUAACUAGACUUGAAGAUUUAGCACAUUUGAGGAUGGGCACCAUGCAGUCACUGAAUGCUUCAACAGUCCCAUCAUUGGCGGGAUCUCGACCAACGACACCACACAGCACAAUAUCCAGUAUGCCAGUGGCUUAAACAGAAGUUCAUUAUCUACAGAAGCUGGGCCCUCUACUUCUGUAUCUUAUAUGACUAAUAUCUCAACAAUAUCCUAAGGAUAAAUUAGAGGUUGAUUUUUAUCUAAUGUUCAGAGGAAAUGAAUCUAUUUUGUGGUAAUAAUUUCAAUAUCCUAAGGAAUAACUCAGAGAUUGAUUUUUAUCUUCUAUUCAAAUGAAAUGAAUCUACAUAUUUUGUGGUAAUAAUUUCAAUCAAGAUAUUUUUCUACAAAUUAUUUGUACUAAUUAGUGUUAAAUGCCUGUGAUUUUCUGCACAUUCCAAAGCAGUUUUCACUUGUUUAAGUUAAUAAGGCAUUGUUGUAGCUGACUAGAUUAUAAGUUAAAAAUUCAGAAAUAUCCGUCCAUUUUAUACUUUCCGUUAUAAUAUAUACCAAUAUAUUUUUUAAUUUUUUAUUUAAACAUUAAAAAUAUUUUUAACUUUA